AUGAGAGCAAAAGACGAGAGCCAGGAGGAAGUACCGAAAAAGAAAAAUCUGAUUUUUCUAAAUCUUUCUGAUCUGAAAAGGAAAAUGAAAAGUCGGGCGAAACUGAAGAAAAGACACUCAGCUGAAAAGACACACAACCGAAAAGACAUCCAACAGAAAAAACACACACCAGAAAAGACAUCCAUAAGAAAAACCACCGAACAGAAAAAACUUUCAACAAAAAAGACAACCAUCAGAAAAGACACCUACCAGAGGACAUCCAUCAGAAAAGAAAACCAUCGGAAAAGACAACCAUCGGAAAAAAACAUCAAUCCGGAAAAACCUCCGCCAGAAGAGACAUCCUACAACAAAGACACCCGGCAGAAAAGACGUCCAACAAAAAGAUACUCACCAGAAAAGACAACCGCCAGAAAAGACACCCAACAAAAAGACACUCACCAGAAAAGACAACCGCCAGAAAAGACACACACAAAAAACAAAAACCAACAAAAAAGGACACCUUACAAAUAUGACGCUCACCAGAAAAGAUUCCUGCCAGAAAAGACACGAAACAGAGAAGAUACCCACCAGAAAAGACCCCUACUAGAAAACACAUCCACAGUUCUGAAUCACCUCUUAGGCUUAGAGCUUAAUGCAUUAUAUAUCGUAGACUUUUAA